AUGUCGAGGCUGACAGGCCGAAGGAUCACGCCAUAUGCCGCUCCAACUUGGUCAUGGGCAUCAAUCACCGGAAAGAUAGAGUUUCCUUCUCUAGAUCACAACAAGCAUCAUCAUGUGGAGAUCGAAAAUAUUGACAUCAAGCACGCUACUGACGAUUGUUUUGGUCAAGUCACAGCUGCUAUCCUCCGCCUUAAAUGUAAAUCGAUCAUAAGAGUAAAGGUUCAGCUACCUUUCGCAAAACCUCACGAGACAAUUGAACAGCUCCAAACGGCCUAUCCUCCUGUCAGACUCAACGCCAGACUCGAUGUAGCAGGCGGUGCAGAAGUGGGAGAUGGGCUGUUGUGCAUUUUGACACUCCUCAACCGACCUCUCUCGCAAGUCACUGGCCUGAUUUUGAAAGCUGUUGAGGCAAAUAAAGGCCAGUACCAGCGCAUCGGAACAUUCUUCACUCUUGGUUAUCAGCUUCCAUUCGUGCAGCAAGCAUUUGAAAUCCCUGCAAUCCUGGUAUCAGAAGCAGACUGUAUCAGUAUUCAAUUGCAGGAGGACGGCUCCAACAACUAUGUUACUGACAGUGUGUGA